AUGACAGCCAUCGUGGUGUCGAAGCCACCAAGCGCCGUGCUAGGCAGGCUGUGUUCUGGCCAGGCGUGGAUGCAGACAUUGCCAACACUGUUCGAGCAUGUGAGCCGUGCCAGAUUCUGCAGCCCAGUCAACAGCAAGAGCCAAGACUCUGUGAUGACAACCCAACUCGACCAUUCGAGUCCAUUUCUGCCGAUUACUUCUUGUUGCAGGAAGGCUUUCUUAGUCAUUGCAGAUCGUCUGUCCGGCUGGCCUGUCGUCGUGUCCUGUGGCGCUGAUACGACGUCUGCUGCCACCAUUCGCCACUUCUGCCGCCUCUUCAGGGACCUGGGUGUUCCUGUACGCCUGCGCACGGACGGUGGCCCACAGUUCGCCAGCCGGGAGUUUUCUACGUUCUUCGAGCGCUGGGGAGUCCGUCACGACACAUCGACGCCCCAUUACCCACAGUCUAACGGCCAUGCCGAGUCUGCAGUGAAGGCCGUGAAGCACUUCAUCCAGAAGAUGGCACCGUCUGGCAAUAUAGACUGUGAGGCGUUCGACAGGGGUCUCCUGGAGCUUCGGAACACAUCCAACCAGACGGGUCGCUCUCCAGCUCAAGUCCUAAACGGUGGCAGGCCAGGACGAGAGUUGCGACGUCGAGCUGCUGCCCGUCUCCGUGAUGCCACAAGUCGCUACGAUGCUCACGCUCGGCCUCUUCCACCCUUGCAGCGAGGUGACGUGGUUCGGAUCCAGGACCCGACUACGCAGCGGUGGGACAAGGUUGGCACCAUCAUGGGCGUUGGCAGGUCACGGGAUUACCUGCUCAAGAUGCCCAGUGGCCGAGUGUGGUGGAGGAACAGGCGCUUCCUCCGCCCUGCUCCACCCUAA